AUGGCUAUUCAGGUGGCCCUAGUAGCACAAGAACCAGUUCUUUACAAUGGUACUAUUCGUGAAAAUAUUCUCUACGGGUGCGAUUGGGCUACCGAAGAUGAUAUGCUCAGAUCUGCACAAACAGCAAAUGCGCACGAUUUUAUCAUGCAGCUUGAAAAUGGCUAUGACACGAAGUGCGGUGAAAGAGGAGCUCAGUUAUCGGGCGGUCAAAAACAACGAAUUGCAAUUGCCAGAGCAUUGGUGAGACGGCCAGCAGUGCUUAUACUCGACGAAGCCACUAGCGCUUUAGAUUCACAUUCGGAAGAUGCUGUACAGGAAGCUUUGAAGAAAAUUGCGGGCAAACUGACGGUUAUCAUCAUAGCACAUCGAUUAUCAACCAUAGAACACGCAGAUCGGAUAUACGUAAUUGAUAAAGGUCGAAUUGCUCAGAGCGGCACACAUUCUGAAAUGCUCAAGGACACCGAUGGGCCGUAUUAUUCUCUCGUCGCUAGGCAAAGUAGAAGUAUACAAAUGUAA